AUGACGUGUGAAGUUUGUCGCUGGUCAUAUAUGGACAAGGUGCGCGCGCACGGUGGGGAUAUAUAUUGGACGUCAGGCACUGUAGGGUUUAGUUGUGGCUCGACGGGCCACACUGAAGCCAGAGUGUGUCUACCAGCCAGCUCGCGGCCCCAGAGAACAUGCCACCGGGGGGCAGCACGGGAGGUCGUACGCCAGGUGGCUGAAGCUGUGUCGCGUCCCAGCACACGCAGGAGGGCUGCUGCUGCUGUCGUAGCCGCUGCUGUCGUGCUGGCAGCCAGGCGCGCCGGGGAGAGACAGAACAACAAUAAUACCGACAGCAGCAACAGAAGCCACCACAAUAGUGUGACAUCUCACCCUCCCACUACUGCCAACAACCACUUACGUGCUCUUAGUACUACUGAUUCUUCAACAAGUUCACCAAGCAACAGGAGGUACAGCAGUAGCCAUGACCAUUCUGUGAAUGCUACAUUGGUUUCACCACAACCCAUGAUCCUCGUGGACCACAGAAGAAUCAUUGACCAAGAUGGCAGAGAAGCAGAAACAAUGGCCUCACUGAAACAAGACAUGGCUAUUAUGUGAUGUUGUGAUGUUCCCAAGUUCCUCACGAAACACACUACUCCAUUAAUUCAUUUUAUACACUCCCCUCCUUACCUUGACCCAGUACAAUGGACCAAGAGUUAUUCAGAUUAGUGUUUAUGUUCUCAUGAGCAGCUUAAACUUACAUUAAGACUCUCUACAAGACAAUACCCCCAAACAACUUAAUUGAGCUGCUACGCUACACUGCCUUCCACUCAUCCCAAACUACCACCUUUCUACGUACAGAUCUUAGCUAAGGUUGGUUAGAGAGGACCCCUUGAUGCAUCUGUUGAUCAGAUAACAGUCAUAACCUCCUUGGCAACCUAUACAUCCGACCACAACUGCUUAUAGAAUGUACAAACUCACUCCCGUCCCGAACUUUCUAUAUUCUUAUCCAUUACUAGAGAAUGUUAUUUUGUUUUAGAAUAUAUUACAAUACAGUAAUCAUUCCAAAGAUUACUCAAGAUGUACAGUACAGUAAUGGCCUUCAAAAUUACAAUACAAGUUGGUACAAGAUGACAAUACAGAAAAUUUUUAUUGAUACAGUACUGUAUAUAUAUGCUAUUAAGUUAAAGAGUACUGUACUGUACUGUACUUAACUGAGCCCACAGGAAACUCAGUUAUUUAUUCAGUUAUAUAAACUUUUUUUUAUAUUAUGUGACUGCAUUACUGCUGUACACUUGGGCCUUGGAUUUUAGUUACAAUACACAGUACUGUACAGUAUAUAGAUUUUACUUUUAUAGUCUCAGUUAUAGAGCAUUUUGUAAUAGGAUAGAGAUUAUUUUCUUGAUAUUUGCUGAUUGAAAAUGCAUAAUGACUGGUGUUCUUAUAUUAAAUGUAUUAAUGUAUAAAUAACUCAUCAUUACAAUACUCUGUUAAAAACAUGUGAACUAAAUAUUUUUACAAUGUUUACUACAAAUAUUUAAUCUGUUAAAUAUAUUAUGAUGACAAAUUCUAUAUCCUGUACUGUGUACUACGUAAAGAUUGUCUCCCAGUUGAACAAACACUUAUGUUUCCUGAUCUAAUUUACAAUGUGAAAUUCUAUAAUACAAAUACAAUAAAACAUUAUACAGUACAGUAAAUAAUAAAGAGGAAUCCAAUUGUAAAUGCAUCCUAUUGUGAAGAAAUAUCCAUAGUUUUACAAGUUUUGUUUUAAUAUGUAUUACACUAUUAUUAUUUUUUUUAUUUCAUUAAUUUUGAGUCAGCUUUUCCAUGUCUCCCUUAUAAUUCUGUUAAGUUCUAUGAUUGUUCGGAAGACUGAAGUGACAUAAAAGUUUAAAUUCAGUAAAUGAAGUGAAUAAACAAAACAACAUGUUAGUAUCAGUAUUAUUUCUCUUCAAUAAAAAGAUUAAUUUUGA